GUCCUUUCUUCUCUCGUAACCACCAUUUUCACUAUUUGACACGUCCCGCUUUCGUGUAUUCUCGUUCUUGGAGGCAGGUGCUGUAUAUACCUUCUCGGUGCCGCGCGAAUACGCAGAAUGCAAUAUCGUGCCUGCCAACUUGGCCAUAUGCUCAGUUUAUCCGCCACAGGUUCUGGUAUUCCCUUCCUCAUGGUGAGCCGGCUUGGCGUUGAAGUUGUUCAACACACCCUAUGGCUUCCCGAUAGUUCCUACAUGGAUCGAACGUUAUCAAGCGAAACGAUUGAAGAAUGCAACGUGAUCCCGUCUCUCUUGGCCCUAAGUCACUCGUGCAGUAUCUUCUGCGAAGUAAUAGGGUAAACGCUAUCGAACAACUGCGUCAAUCGCUGUACUUUGGCCCCGUCUGGGCAGUUCUUGUCACCGUGCGCAUAUAAGGUCACCUGAAGAUUCCGCAUGCUGCAUAUCGCUCGGAAUGCCUGUCCGAAAUAGCUAUAAAAGCGACCUGUAUCAUGGAGAAUUGUAUCCAGGGCAUCUCGAGUCGUCAAGAUGAAGUUCUGUGCUGCUCUGCGAUUCUUCACUGUGGUUGUGCUCGGCACUUCGUUAUGUGCUACUGCUGCUCCAAUCUCCUCGUCCGAGAUACAGGACAAAAGUGCACAGGGUCUUCGUCUCCUCAGUCUGGAAGAAAAUGCCGUCCCUGUCUGGAAGACCGAAGACGAGAAACUGGAACUAAUGCGUCAGGGUGUCAAAUUCUUCGAUGUUACGGAGACGUACGAACUUGAACAAGGCCUUCCUAAACAAAAGGCACCCGCUGCAACAUUCCCCGCGCCUUCGCACCAGUCUGCUGUCAAAGCUAUUCUUAGCACGGUCUCCGUAUCAAAAAUGCAAUCCAACCUUGCUUCUCUCGCUGCAUUCAAUAACCGGUACUACAAGUCCUCUACCGGCAAGGAUGCAAGCGACUGGAUCUUGAAUACAGUAUCGCAGAUUGCUGCAAGCCGAUCUGAGAUCACAGUGUCGGCAUUUACGCACUCGUGGACCCAAUAUUCUAUCAUCGCAAAAAUUCCGGGGACCCAGGCCUCUUCCCCAGUGACAAUCCUUGGCGCACACAUGGACUCCAUCAACCUCCAAUCGCCUACGAGUGGACGAGCGCCUGGUGCAGAUGACGAUGGUACCGGCACUGUGAACCUCAUCGAGACUCUGCGUGCUCUUAUCGCUGCGGGUUUCAAGCCGAGCACUCCUCUCGAAUUUCACUGGUACUCUGGCGAGGAGGCUGGUUUGCUCGGAAGUCAAGCAAUUGCGACGAACUACAAGAACGCCGGAAUCCAGGUCAAGGCGUUCAUGGAGCUCGACAUGAGUGGAUACUUUGCACCUGGGACGACAGAGGUGUUCGCCCUUGAAGCCGAUUACAUCGAUACUGGCCUCAACACCUUCUUGAAAUCCCUCAUCACGGCUUACUCCGCCUUCGGAUGGGCAAUGGAUACCCCAUGCGGUUAUGCCUGCUCUGAUCACGCAUCAUGGUACAAGUUCGGAUACCCCACGGCCUUCCCAUACGAAGCCGUGACUGGAGAUGACAACCCGAAUGUCCACUCUUCGGCUGAUACUACCUCUGUUCAAGGCUUCUCUUGGUCGCAUUCCUUGGAGUUCGCGAAGCUCGCGGUUGCAUUUGCAUACGAACUGACGAUCUAGGUCUGCCUCAUCGACAGCCUGGCGUAUAUUCGUUAUACAAAGCCCAAAGAUAGCAGAAAUAAUACAAUGAUUGUUCUCGCCUUCCUUCAAUCUUCCUACUUAACCAUGAAUGUGGUCCUUGAACCACUUGCAAUGCGAGCACAGUAUGAGAAAAACUAAGAAUAUGACCCAAGGUCGGACAUACCUUGCUGAGAAAAGCGGCCGAGUCCUUCGGGGUUCUCCUUUGUGUAUCGUAGUCAACGCGCGUAACGCCAAAACGAACCAGGUAUCCGUCGGCCCUGCUU